AUGCCGUCGAAAGCAAGCAGCCGACACCGCCAACCACUACCGCCAUCGCUGUCGUCGUCUCUGUCUACGUCUGCAGCGGCGGACGCAUCAAACUCGCGAGAGCACUUUUCCAUCGCGAGUUUCUUUGACGCUGCCAGUGCUCACCGAAGCAGUGGUGGUGGUGGUUACCGCGUUGGCUCAUUCUCGAAUGCAGCGCCGACACCGCUCUCUGACAUCCCGCGUGGGGGCCAUGGCGUUUCCUCUAGCGGGCACGGCUCUGGUGUGGCUUACCACCCACAGCUCCACCAACGGCCACGACAACAGCACUGGUCCUCCUCCGCCUCGGGGCAGUUGAACCCUUCUCACCCAAACGGUGACGGUGAGCACUACGAGCAGCAGCAGCAACACAGCGCCACGGCCGGAGACGUCUCUAGCACGCUCCAAGAGGUGCGGAGGCGUAUCAUCAGCGACCUCGAGGCAUCGCGAGAUGGGAGUUGCGAGUCGGCAGGGAAGCUGCACGCUCAUCAGCAGCGAGCGCUACGUGUGGCCUUUGGGGAGGAGUGGGUAUCGCGUCGGCGCGCGUCCCGCACAUCUCGCACCGCGACGGGUGACUGGGGCACAUCACCAACGGAUACACGGCGGUCGAAGUCGCAGCACACGCCUAACGCAGAAGAUGACGAAGACGACGAGCUCAUGGUUGCCUCGGUAGAGUUUUCACUGCUGUGCCCCUACUCUCGCCUCCCCAUGCGCUAUCCCGUGCGCAGUAAGGAGUGUAACCACCUGCAGUGCUGCGACUUAGACUCGUGGAUUGUGAUGCUGAGCAAAUGUCGCUCCAUGCGUGACCCGGUCGGGCCGUGCCCGGUGUGCGAGCGCCGCGUCAUUUCCUCCUCGCUGGAGGUGGACCUCUGGAUGAAGAGUGUCAUUGAUCAGAUGCCAGGCGGCACACACAUGGUGAUGUUGGAGCCAGACGGUGCCCUCCGCAAUGGCGACACGACCCGUGAGAGGCGCAAAGAGACGAUCAUGGAGGUGGUGGACGCGACGCAAGGAGACUACGAGACCUACUUUGAGGAUGUGGUGGACGGCGACGAUGAUGUCGUGGUGCAGAGGCACCCUACCGCCACGCCGGACGCUUCCAACAGCACAUACGCAGCGGUUUCAUCGGUCGGCUCGCGUCGCCCUCGCAGUAUAUCGCCUGCAGCUCCAGAAGCGAGAUCAGAGGUGUCGAGCACCGGUGAGGAACGCCGAGCCGGUCUGCCCCGACUCGUACAGGUCAAGGUAGAGAAAGCUACCAUGCUGACUGCUGAGGCUGAGGCAGCAGCAGAGACGCCGCCUUCUGUUUCUGCUUCUCAGGAUGACGGAGGCGUCGUUGUCGUGCACUUUGUUGAGGGCCGGCACGACGGACUGCAGGCGUUGCCUAGUCAAAUCCGGCUCUGGGUGCUACACUGCACCCAAUGCGGGGCGCCGCGGGUGAAGGUGGAAGAUGGCUUGGUGCAGGCCUGUCAGCAGUGCGGGCACAACGCAAAGGGCAACUGGAACCUUGUCCGCCGCUUCGAGGCGUCUUCUAGUGUGUCGAUGGAGCUGGUCCCCGACGGCACGCUGGUGCUGCAAGGCGUCGACCUCCUUGCGCCUUACCUAUAUCGCGCUGGCUUCUAUCGCAGCCUAUUCGAAGUGAUGGAGUACGCCUCCGUCGCUGAGCGACGGCAGCAGCAGUACCAACCGCCAGCAGAUGUGUGGGUCUCAUCAUUUCCGCUGAGUCGCUUCGAGAUCGACUUCCUGGAGGCCUGCUGUGCCCGCAUCGCCCAGGGCGAGACGCUCGAUUCCAUUGAGUCGCUGAUUGUGCCGAACCUGUUUCGCAUACCUCGCCGGCGCCGACCAGAUGGCAGUGGCCAGAAACACUUCACACAACUGUACCACGGCAGCGGACGAUACGGUGGACUGGACUCGGCGACCGCGUCGCAGGCUCACAGAACUACAUCGCUCACCCGAGCGGAAGGCUCACGUUUGACGUGGUGA